AUGUCGACGAGCACAACAGCAUCCGAGGAGUCGGACCGAAACCUUGCCGCUAGGGACCGCAAGAAAGAACUUAAUAAAAUGGGAUGCCAACUUCAAAACUCUAGCACUCCUCGGGGAAAGAUGCUACAUCUCAUGAUGUGCACGGGCUACUACUCUGCUAAGCUCGCUGAGCUCCCACGCCAGGCGGACGUCGAGAAUUAUAUCGUCAGAUGGAUCGAGCCCAAGAUGAACAGCAUCCAGCUAGCGAGAUUUCGAUCCGACUGUUCCUUUAACGGUAUCGUCCUGAAUUGGGUGAAUACUAUCGUGUCCGAAAUGGAGCGCGCCCCUCAAGAUAUCGACAUUAUCUUAGGAGAGAUGUUGACCUUCGUUAUGAGGUUUGGAGGCGAUGGCGAAUCUUGCGACGAUGAAUCUUACCCCUAUAAGACCGAGUUUCUGUACUUGUAUGCAAAGUACCACAAGUACAAAAUCACAAAUAUUGUGCCGCUAGAGGGGGCUGAACCGUCUAGGAAGGUGGAGACGGUGAAAAGGGAGCCGUCGGUGAGGAAAGAGCCGCCGGCGAAGAAGCAGAGGGUGAAGAGAGGGCAAAACCCAUGA